UUAGUGCAGAGAGGUGUAGUGUAUACUGUAUAAUUGUAAACCGAAAAAUUACAUUGUGAACAUUAAAUAUUUCAUUUAAAAAAAGGUUAAAUUUUAAUAUAUUAAUUAAAAAUCAUCACGAAACCUAUGUGUAAUUUUAUGUGUGUUAAUUAGUUUAAUUAUUGACAAUGUAGCGAUGUUAUUCUUAUAUUUAUAAAUAAAUAUGUAUUUUGAGUGUUGAUGAGUGACUUUUAAACAAGGACACUUGUGAUUAGUUGAUAAUGAUGGAAUCUCCCGGGCCAGCUACUACACGUCUAGGAGUCCAUGCUGCUGUGGCUAAUCAGGUAGGGCUAACCAGUCCAGAUUUUGGAAUGGCAGUCUCUGUUCCUCAGACUUUUGAUUUACAAAAUGUAAGUUGUGGUGAUUCUUCGUCGGAUGCACACUCGCCUGAUUUACCAAUUACUAAAGCAAGCGAUCGGCAAUCUCGCAUUAAUGCUGAAAAACAUCGGAGAAGUCAGUUUAAUUCUCAAAUUGCUCAAAUGAUGUCCUUACUUUCUGAUGUAGUACAUUCACAACGAAAAGUUGACAAGACUAGCGUUUUACGCCUUGCAGCUAACAAACUUCGAAAUGAACAUGUUUUUGGUGAUACUAUUAAAUGUUGUCAUGUUGAAACUUGGUCUCCAGCUGUAUUAAAGAUUUUUGACCUAAUUGGGGGCUUUAUGUUUGCUGUUACAUGCAAAGGUCGUAUAUUCAUUGUCUCUCCUAAUGUUCAAGAGAAGUUAGGAUAUUGCCAUAUAGAUCUACUAGGACAAGACAUUUAUAAUUACAUACACAACGAAGAUAAAGAAAUUCUUAGACAACAUAUUUAUCCUUUAGAAUUACAGACUGGUUGUAAUGCUAAUAAAUUGUUCGAACAGCAUCAUAAUUUUCAUCUCAGAAUAAUGAGAUCAGGUGCAAGGUCUGAUCCUCCUAGAUAUGAACGUUGCAGGAUAGAUGGAAUGAUACGACGUUCUGAUCGAGCCACAGCCAAUGCUGUCCAAGAUGAACAGACCAUUAGAAGACAGAGAGUAAGACACCAUCGUACAUUUUCUUCAAGUGGAAAUGAUUAUGUGUUUAUAGGAAUGGUACAUGUUUUAUCAAAUAGCUUGCCUGCUAGACUUGUGCCACCUACUGCAUACUCAGAAUAUUGGACAAGGCACUUAAUUGAUGGUCGCAUAGUGCAAUGUGAUCAGAGUAUUUCUCUAGCUGCUGGUUAUAUGACUGAAGAAGUUACAGGAACAUCUGCCUUUGUAUUUAUGCAUAAAGAUGAUGUCCGUUGGGUGAUUUGUGUCUUGCGACAAAUGUAUGACCAAAGCCGAGAGUUUGGAGAAUCAUAUUAUAGACUUAUGUCACGUUCAGGCCAUUUUAUUUACAUGAGAACUAGAGGUUUCCUUGAAAUUGACAAAGAUACUAAGAAAGUACAAAGUUUUGUAUGUGUCAACAGUGUUGUAGGAGAGGAAUAUGGUAGAAAAAUGAUGGAGGAAAUGAAAAGAAAAUAUUCUGUGAUGGUGGAUACUGAAAGAUCAGAGAAUGAAAAAGAACUGGCCAUUGAUGAAGCUCCUGUUGAACAUCCGAAGCGCUUAGAACGAAUUGUAAUGCACUUGGUGGAACCAGCAGUUAGUGAAAGUAUUGAAGAAUUAAAAUUAAUUGCUCCAUCAAAGGAAAAUAUAAUUUCUGCUAUUAAAAAUAGUGAACGAGUUGUUAAGGAAACUGGGGUAAGGUUUGAUACUCGCAAAAGAAAAAAAUCAGAUAGCGAUGACAACAGUGAAUAUUUAAAAAGGCAUAGUGGACUUUCUGAUCCUUAAGUGUGUAUAUUUGAAAAAUGUUUUUUUGUUUGAUUUAAUAUGUACAAUUCAUAUAAAUUUUUAAAAUGCAUUAUUAUCGUUGUAAUAUUUAAAACUAAUUGACCUAAACAUUUUAGAUUAUGAGAAGGCUUGAGUCAAUUAGAAUCUAUGUGUGAGUACAAGUAGGGAGCUAUUUGUAAAAAUUUAGGUUAUGAGUAUUAAUUUACAUUUCUUAUUAUUGUGAUUUCCAGAUUUGUUUCAUCUGCAGGCUUUGAUGGUGGUAUUGGAAAACUUUUUUAUCAUUAUUAUUUUAAAUGUAUGUGCCAAAUGCCUGCAGAAGUAUUUGAAAAUCUUAAAGGUCUGAAAUGCAUUGUUGUCUGAUAUAAACAGGUUUACCACAACUUGGUUAUCAAUAUCUUAUCUGUUCAUGAUUGCAAGUUUUAUCUUGUAAUAUUUAUAAAACAUAGACAUAUCACAUAUUUUCACUCUUUACAUUCAUCAAAGGUAAAUUAAUGAAAGUAUGUAUAAAUAUAAAGUAUAAAGUAUGUCUUUAAAUAUUUGGCCAAAUUUUCGAAUAGUACAUACUAAAUUUUCAUGAGUGAAAUCAUCUUUGUCAAGAUAUAUAAGGUCUUCAAUAUAUUAUUGUGGUUACUUGUAAAGUAAUGAUCAUUUUAUAGCUCCUCAGUUUAAAUGUAUAUAUUUUGGGUGCCUAAUUAUAGUCACAGUGGAAGUCUUUGAUGCAUUUUAAUUAGUGUUUUAUUAAACAUCUCCGUUGUUUAUAAAAACUGCAUUGAUUACUGUAUCAUUAUUGAUUAAAAAAGUGUAGGAUAGGAGUAUUGACUGAUACCUUUUCUAUUUUUAUAAAAUUUAGACAAUUUAUAUGGUCAAAUCUACAAAAAAAAACCAAGCACUGUGUUUUGUGCAUGCCAUUUUCAUUAAAUUAUGUAAUAAAUUUCGCUAGUAAGAUAUAUGAUAUUCUUCUAGAAAAAUGACCAUUUAUGAUAAAAAAAUAUGUUUUUACGCAUUUAAUCUUUAUAUCUUUAAUUUUGACUAGAUAGAUCCUAUUUGGGAAGUACAAUGAUCCAACAAUCUGAUUAAGGCCUUUUUUCUGUAAUCAAUAGAAUUUAUACAAAAGCAAAUAAUAUAUUGUAGUUCAAUAUGUCAUGUCAGUUUUUCUUACUUCCAAAAUAAAAUGAACACUUACAUAAUUUUUAUUGUGCAAAUGUUUUUUUUUUAAAUCAUUGUGAUAUUACUUUUAUGCUGAAAGAAUCAACCGGUAUCAUCAGGUUGGAAAGAAUAAAAAAAUGGUGAAUUUAAAAUGGCAGGGUUUUGUAAAAUGUUUAAGGAUACAGGCCAAUUCAAUUGACAAUACUUGUUUUGGUGUGGAGCAAGUUGUGCUGUAAGCAGGGUAAAAAUAAGGCUAAGUAUACAUGGACAAUGUAAAUAUUAUUUUAUAAGGUAUUGGAAAAAUGUUUUUAGAAACUGAAUUGAAAUUAGAUCGGGUUGUACUGUUUUUCAUUGGCAACAAUAUAGUAGCACAUGUAAUAUUAUUUGAUAUGUUAUUUUUUACUCUAGGGCUUGGAGAAGGUCACUUUCCUAAUUGAUUUAUAGAAGAAAAAAUAUCCAGCUAACUGAAACUUAUUUCGUUAUAGUAAUAUUUUUAUGUAGCUACUAAUAGAAUAGACUUGAAUUUCUAAUACUACUAACACAGUAAUAUUGUGACAAUAGUUGCAUUGCUUUAUUUUGAAAUGAAUUUUAGGGCCAUUUCUAUGUUUUUUAGAAGCUUUAUUAUAAUUGAAUAUAUUUCACUAAAAUAGGCGGGAAGGCAUUAAAUCAGUAAUAAAUUCAAUCACAUCCUAACAAUACAACUUCAGUUAAAACGGAUACUACUACUAAUAAUAAGAAUGAAUUAUAUAGAAGACUAGCUAAUUGUCCCGGCUUCGCACGGGUAUAAGAAGAAAAAUAUAUUUUGGAAAGGAUUUGCGUAAAAUCCAUGCUUAGUGCGCGUCUACGUCGGGGAAGAAGUAACUGUGACUAAUUUCAAGUCAAUCAGGCACGUAGUUUAGGAUUUAGUUUAUUAUAUAUAUAAAUAAACAAACAAAUCUAAACAUGAAAUCAAUCUUUCUGUGGCAUUAUAUGCAUAUUUUUCUUUGUUAAAUAUUUUAGUACACCAAGUAUUAUGGUAAUGAAUAUUCUUUUAUGUAUACAAUUUUUUUUUAAAUCUUUAAUAUCUACGGUUUUCGUUAACAAACAUUUUGUUCUCAUUCUUUUAAUGCAUCACUUGAUAUACAUUCUUCCUUUUAGGCCAUCAAACAUCAUAGUAUUAAAAAUAUGUUGAGGAAUGUUUUCUAGUUUUAAAGUUUUGGAACAGCUACGCAAUGAUAAAUGGACAACGAGUUUUCGUUGUCCAUUUAUCAUUGUGUCUAUCACUAUGAGUUUUCAUAGUUGUACCAUAUUUACUAGAAAAUCAUAAAUAUAAAAACGGAGAUAAACACGUAGUAGCUUUUACAAAUGCAUCAAAUACUAGAGACCUUUAUGUUUGUGAAGUAAUAUACAUUUUUAAUAUGUUACAAAUUAAAACGUAAAUGUUAUAAUUCGAAGGCAACUUACUUUAGAGAUAAUUCUUUCUAUGAUCUGAUUUUUAUGUAUAUAGCGUUUGAGAUUGAGUGCUUUUGCCUGUCCUAUGUGCGUUAGAAAGUGAUUCACAUCGAUUUAUUUUACAAUAAUAUGUCGAUACACGCGCUUUUGCGCGUAAAUAUCUUAGGAUAAUUCUUCAUUAUUACAUUAUAUAAAGUCAAAUGUCUAAACCGAGUGAGACAAUUUACUUUAUACAAUGGUUCAGCCAUAAUACAAAGGUAGUCGUCUUUCUCGGGGUCUCACUUGUAUUUUGUAAAUGUUGGUAUGGGCAUUUUAAGAUUAUUCAUAAUAAAAUAUAUUGUAUAAGUAUCUGCUAACUAUGUGUUUACAUUUGCGCACUUUGUAUGAAUUGUAUAUAACUACAUAAUUAUAAACAACUUGUUUACCAACUCCAACGUAUGUUUGUACGGCAUUAGUUCUACAAUGUUUCUUUAUGUGAACUUUAUACUAAAGAAUAUCUAGAAUGUUUGAAUAAUACUAUGUUUGUAUUGGUGUUUUAAAUAUGUAAACCUUAUACGCACAUACAUGUCAAAACCCACAUUUCUCUAUAUUUACAUUAUAAGCGAUUAAAUUACCUACGUAAAAAAUGUGUUAAAUGUAAAUGCCGACCAUACAUUUAUUGUGCCUAAGUGAUAAGUGAAAGAUAUAAGAAAGAUCUUGUAUAAAACUACACAUAGGUGUUAUUGGUGUUUGCAUGCGUCUCAAUGUAGCUGAUUUAUUUUGUAAAACUUUGGCGGAUAAGAAGUUAUUUGCAUUACUUAUAUUGUUAUAUGUGUGUAAGAUAUUGGUUGUGAUAAUUUUUCUGAUAUGUCGGUACAACGCAUUCCUUGUUGAUCCCAAUUAAAUAUAGCACAGCAAAUGAACUGAGAGCUAUAUAACUGUAUAUAUUCAAUAUAGCUGUGUCACAAUUGCGUUGCAAUUUUACUGAAAAUGAUCAAUGUUGAUGUUUCGAUAAGAAUGACUGUAGUUAGUUUUAGUUGGGUUAACUUAAUAUUUCUUUUAAAAUGCUAUAAAUAAAUUGUGAUGUUAUACUUGUUUUGACCAAAAACGAUACUUUACAAUGAUAUUAUUUUAUGUAUGUAUCUAAUAAAAUAUAUGAAAUUAAAUGACUUAUUUCUCUUUGUG